GCAAUCUGAUGAAGCCGAUCGCGGUCAGACUUCCAUGUUGUUGCUCAAUACUCCUGUGCUUCGCCAUCACCGUUUGUGCCACGGAGCACUGUGAGGAGGAUCUCUCAGCCUCCUGCUCACUGGAUGUGCAGCUGCUCCAAGUCAGCCAGGCACUUGACGUUCCCGCAGAGCGCGUAGAAGCUCCGCGAGAAGACGUCAGAGACCUCUUCCACGCCAUCGGCUCCGCAGAAGCAGCAGCCACCCUCCAACCCGGGCUUAUCGCAGAGAGAGCCGUCGAGGAGCUGUUAGUCACCGCCGCAUCCAGAGAGAAUCGGGUGGCAUUAGUGCAGAAAACGGCAGCCGGAGCGGUUGGUACCGAAACGAUCUGCGUGAUCGUGGGUGCCGUUCUGCUAGCGGUGCUUGUCUGCCUGAUCUUCUGCUGCUUUAGGCCAUCUGUGUCCUACGAGGAGGCUGCCUCCAAGGAUGGAUCCUUCCUCCCCCCUGGAGCUUCCACACUGCAGCG